GCUGCCAGUGGACAAUCAAACACACACACACCCACCUCUGUCUGUCUACACACUCGCCUGUUCAACAUUUCUUACUUCUGCUAGAAAAAUACAAAGCUACACCAAACCUCUGAGCUCUGAGUCGCAUCGCGGCGCAUCGUGAUACACCAGCAGCAAUAGCUCCAAAAGAAAGCACAACAUGGAGUCCCCUCCAGAUCCAGCGAGCGACCCGGGCAACGGCGUCUCAGAGCCGGUUACCCCGGUCAGGGAAACCCCGGUAAACCUGGAGACCCUCCGCAAAGCUGAGCACCAAGCCCCGGUGCGCAGGCAGAGCUGCUCCAGCACCAACAGAGGUAUUUCAGUAACAAAGAAGACACACACUUCUCAAAUCGAAAUAAUUCCCUGCAAGAUCUGUGGAGACAAAUCAUCAGGCAUCCAUUAUGGCGUGAUAACGUGCGAGGGCUGCAAGGGUUUCUUCAGGAGGAGUCAGCAGAGCAAUGCUGCGUACUCAUGCCCGCGUCAGAAGAACUGCCUGAUUGACCGCACCAGCCGGAACCGCUGCCAGCACUGCAGGCUGCAGAAGUGUCUGGCCGUGGGCAUGUCACGUGACGCGGUGAAGUUCGGCCGGAUGUCGAAGAAACAGCGGGACAGCCUGUAUGCAGAGGUGCAGAAACACCGGCUCCAGCAGCAACAGCGGGACCACCAGCAGCAGCCCGGUGAGGCCGAACCCCUUACACCGACCUACGGCCUUUCCACCAAUGGCCUGACCGAGCUUCAUGAUGACCUGAGCGGCUACAUGAACGGCCACACACCCGACGGCACCAAGCCUGACUCGGGCGUCAGCAGCUUCUACCUGGACAUCCAACCCUCACCCGAUCAGUCCGGCCUGGACAUCAACGGGAUCAAGCCGGAGCCCAUCUGCGACUUCACCCCUGGCUCGGGCUUCUUCCCCUACUGUUCCUUCACCAACGGGGAGACGUCCCCCACCGUUUCCAUGGCUGAGUUGGAACAUCUGGCCCAGAACAUUUCCAAGUCCCACAUGGAGACGUGUCAGUACCUGAGAGAAGAACUUCAGCAAAUGACCUGGCAGGCGUUCCUUCAGGAGGAGGUGGAGGGCUACCAGAACAAGCCCAGGGAAGUCAUGUGGCAGUUGUGUGCUAUUAAAAUCACAGAGGCCAUUCAGUAUGUGGUGGAGUUUGCCAAACGCAUCGACGGCUUCAUGGAGCUCUGUCAGAAUGAUCAGAUAGUGCUUCUCAAAGCAGGCUCUUUGGAGGUGGUGUUCGUCAGAAUGUGCCGUGCCUUCGACCCUCAGAACAACACAGUCUAUUUUGACGGAAAGUAUGCCGGGACUGAUGUCUUUAAGUCAUUAGGCUGCGACGACUUGAUCAGCUCUGUCUUCGAGUUUGGGAAAAACUUGUGUUCUAUGCACCUCUCUGAAGACGAGAUCGCCCUGUUCUCCGCCUUCGUGUUGAUGUCUGCAGACCGGUCUUGGCUCCAGGAGAAGGUGAAGGUGGAGAAACUCCAGCAAAAGAUUCAGCUGGCCCUCCAACAUGUUCUACAAAAGAACCACAGAGAGGAUGGCAUACUGACAAAGUUGAUAUGCAAAGUCUCCACGCUGCGAGCCCUGUGCAGCCGGCAUACGGAAAAGCUGACGGCGUUCAAAGCAAUAUACCCAGACAUUGUCCGCGCCCACUUCCCCCCCUUGUACAAGGAGUUGUUCGGAUCAGACUUUGAGCAGUCCAUGCCCGUUGACGGGUAGCGCUUCCCCGCGCCCGCCCCGCCCGGGGGAUGUCACACCGUGGGGAAUGUCAAGCAUCAAUCUGAGACACUUUAGCAGUGCCCUGCACAUACACACACCUGGACGGACGACACACUGCACACACACACACACACACACACACACACACACUUUUCCCCUUUUUUUAUUUUCUUUUUUUCCUUGUGAUUUUUUUUUUCUUCGUGGGGGAGGAGGUUGGUAAUGGACUGGGUUUGACGCCAGUGGUUUAUUUUUGGGGGUUUGUUCCCUUCUUUUACUGACACAGGUGGGAUUCGGAGCCCCAGGGGAGAGGAUGAGAAGAUGAAGACACUUGUUUUUUUCCGAACGCUCCCUCGCUCUCUUUCUCUCUCUGACUGAACCUGAAGAGUCCACGCGUUCCUUCCCAGAACGGUCCCAUGGCGAUUUGUCAUGAUCAGCAUAAAUUGUUUUGACUCGUUUCCAAAACGGAG